GCCACUGCUGAGGGAGUCUUUGGAGGAUUCUCAGAAGGCCAGUUAAAAAUUUGUCUUUUUUAUCAUUCUGUGUAUGGGGAACUUCUGCAUUUGGAAGAACCAUUGACAAAUCUUGGAAACACCGUCAGAACAACAACGGGCAUUGGGACUCUCACUCUCUGAAGUGGACGCACUGACUUAAUCACUCUCUUUGUUCAUUUUUAUUUGAAAAUUAAUUUUUAGAGAUGAGGGAUGUUAACCUGGAGCACCAUGAACUCCAGUGCCUCCCUGGAGAAUGUCCAACUUACGUGGGUGUGAAUUCAGUCGUAAUUGACGUCAUGAAUUGAUCCGAACUAACAGCUUGCAGUGUGGAGAUCUGACGCUGCAGCUCGUUAUAGCGAAGCCUCUCUGACCACUCACACAUACAGUAACAUCCAGGCGGCGUGCUGCGCUCUCUGCUGCUGCUGCUCCUCAACACCUCUGAGAUACCGGACAAACAGCAGCCACUAAGGGGAAGGUUAAGAAAGGCAUUUUUUUGGGAACAUACAGGCACAUUGAUUUCCUCAAGCAGCAGUGGACGUGGAUUUAGGUAAAUCUAUGCCCAAAGAUGGGGCAGCUGACUGAAGACAUUGCAUUUCACUCCAACAUACCUGUGCCGCUGGACAUAACUGUGGCUGUGAUCUACUCGGUUUUUGGAAUCUGUUCCCUGUUUGGCAACAGCACACUGCUAUACAUCUCCUACAAGAAAAAACACCUCCUGAAGCCUGCCGAGUACUUCAUCAUCAACCUCGCUGUUAGUGACUUGGGCUUGACUCUCUCCCUUUACCCCAUGGCUAUAACUUCAAGCUUCUACCACCGGUGGCUCUAUGGGAAAACCGUCUGCUCCAUAUACGCAUUUUGCGGCAUGCUGUUUGGCAUCUGCAGUCUGACCACUCUAACCCUGCUAAGCGUGGUGUGCUUUGUUAAAGUAUGUUAUCCGCUCUACGGAAACAGGUUUAACUCUGUCCACGGCUGCCUGCUCAUUGCCUGCGCUUGGGUUUAUGCCCUGUUGUUUGCCUGUUCCCCCCUGGCCCACUGGGGAGAGUACGGACCGGAGCCUUAUGGCACCGCCUGUUGCAUUGACUGGCGCCUGUCCAAUGAGCACACCACUGCACGCUCCUACACUGUGGCGCUGUUCAUCUUCUGCUACAUCCUUCCAUGCUGCAUGAUUUUAGCGUCCUACACAGGCAUUCUGGUUACUGUGCAGGCGUCCCGCAAGACUAUGGAGCAGCAUUCAUCAAGGCAGACACACAUGAGCAGCAUCCAGAUUCUAAUAGUUAAGCUAAGUGUAGCUGUCUGCGUUGGCUUCUUUGCUGCAUGGAGUCCAUAUGCUGUGGUGUCCAUGUGGGCUGCCUUUGGACACGUUGAAAACAUCCCUCCUCUGGCAUUCGCCAUGCCAGCCAUGUUUGCCAAGUCCUCCACUAUCUACAACCCCAUCAUCUACCUGACGCUAAGACCGAACUUCCGCAGGAUCGUGUGCAGGGACAUAGGUACACUAUGCCAUGCCUGUCUGAAGGGCUGCCUCUGCCAGCGGUGCUCCUCAAAGUGCUGCUCAAAGCAAAAGAUCAGGAUCAGACUUCGUACAGUCCACAGACAGACCAGCCGCUUCCCAUCAGCCAACUCCUCUGCUCAGCCACCUCCUGUAACGUUCAAGGAGCACAACUGUGAGGAGUGCAAGGACGCCUUUGAAUGCUUCAAACACUACCCUCAAAUGUGUGGCAUCACUAACCUGGCUACCAGUGGAGACCUGUCAAAGGAUCAAAACACUCCAGUUUCCCAAAUACAAAAGCAGGAGGCUGAAGCUCUGUGUGCCAGAGCAAAAAGGACUUCAGAAAUAGACAACUUCCACAUUAAUUUAGAAAUGGUUCCAGGGCAGGCUAAAGUGGCUUGGCCCUGAUACUUAUUUCCAUUUAUAAUAUAAUAUCUAAAAUAUAAUAAUAUUUAAAAUAUAAUAAUUUAUGUAAUUGACUGAAUAUUUAUUAACAUUUUUGCAGGUUAUUUUCUUUAAAAUGCGCAAUUACAUUAUUUAUAUUGCAGGAAAUCUUGUUCAGGAAUUAAGAAUAUACUGCCUUAGUGUUUAUUUAUUUAUUUAUGCAUCUCGUCUUCUCCUCUAAAUGCCGGAUGUGAAUUUGACAGAAGACAGAAUGGCAGCUUUAUCUGGAAGGGUACAUUUAAUUUUCAGCUCCUUUCGUUUUUGAGUUAGUUGUCAAAUACCUGUACAUGGAAUCUGCACUUACGUUAUGUUAGUUUAUGUUAUGUACGUCUAUAUAUAUAUAUAUGCAUACAUACACCCCCUGUCAAAAGUUUUAGGACACUUUCUCAUUCAAAUAAAGUAGAACCUGUCCUACAACUUUUGACAGGGGGUGUAUUUCAUCAUAUGGAUGUGAUCAGGGCAGGACUCUGAUCAUACAUGCAAAGUUUCAGGCAGAUUGGAGCAUGUCCAGGGCAUUUACACAGCAUUUGAAAGUUCAUGGCGAAGGAUCAAAAUUCCAGAGGCCGCCACGGACACGCGCUUUGACUUUGGAAAAAGAUUUUAAUAACUUUGGAUUAUUAAGGCCUCCUGUAUGUACUGGCCGAAUUCGAGGUGAAUUGGAGUUUCCCCCUAGGAGUUCACUCUUGAAAAAAAUGAAAAAUGGGCAAAAUCUGACAUUCAACGCAAAAUAGCUCACUUCCUGUUGGGUUUGGAAUGUGGCUGUCACUGACUUUUUUGUUAAGCCUGAUGUGCUGCAUAUGUGUACCAAAUUUGGUAGAUACACGCCCUGUCAAAAGUUGUAGGACAGGUUCUACUUUAUUUGAAUGAGAAAGUGUCCUAAACCUUUUGACAGGGGGUGUAUGUAGUGUUCAUACUUCAUCUGUUUAAUUUAUAGUUGUGUUUUCUUGCUUUUCUUACUGUCACUUUGCUGCUGUGACGUUGCAAAUCACCCGUUGUGGGACUAAUAAAGGAUAUAUAUUCUGUUCUAUUCUACUGACGAUGAGUUUGCAAUCCCAAUAUUUUUUUAAUAUUUGCACUUAAUCCACCUCUGAAAUUAAAUUUUAGACUUGUUUUUGAGGCUUGAUUCAUUCAUUCAACCCAACCAAAAACAAACUGUGAAUUAAUUUCCCCCUAAAAUGUGCUACUAAAUCAGUUGAGAUUCAUCGAUUCAUUUCACUUCAUUUUUAGGUGUUGGGUCUUAAUUUUAACAUGGCACAAAUUUGCAUUAAAUUAUUCUGACUCUGACACAUCCUCCAGCUCAACUGGAAGAUAAUAAUAAUACCAGCUUCAUCAAGUUAAAUGGGGAAAAAAACAAUUAAAAAAAACAAACUCUGAACAUUUAAAUUAAUAGAUUUUGAGGUUGGAGUGUUUUUCAGGGAUUCACAUGCUCCAUUGCUCAUUUUUGACUAUUCGCUAAAAGUUCAUAAUAUAGUAAAUGUGUAUUCCUAGUGCUGAUUCCAUGGCUAAUGCUACCCUUAAAUGAAAGCUGGCAUUCUGCACUUUCAACAUGUUUCUGAUGAAUAUUGUGCAAACAGUUGCAGGCCUUAUAAACUACUUAAUAUUAUUUUUAAUAGACAUUUGCUGCUAGGAUAGAUUUAGUUCUAUUUAAGAUGUUUUUAGUGUUUUUUAAGUAUGAGAGUCACUUCUCUUAUGUUACCAUAUUAAAGUCGUAUUUAUGUUGAAUGAAUUUACUAUACAACUGAUACAGUGCUGUAGUAAUCUUGAGUUUGAAUGAUGACUUUGUUGUGAACGGAGUAUAACAUGUAUUCUGUGAUUUCUAAAGUAAACAGUGACGACUUGUUUAUGACAUCAGCACAUCCAUAUACAGUCGUGAGAACUACAAACCACCUCACUUCAAAAACACUUCCUUUAAAAUGCCAGUCCGAGUAUUGUUUACACUUGAAAACUGCAGGUUUAUAGCUAUAGAUGGUGCUUGAUCAGCUAUCUAUGAACACACUGUGCAUGAAACUACUUUCAACACAUGGUACAGUUCUGUCUAUAUGCAUUGCACAGUCUACAAGUCAGCUGUUAUCAUGUUUACAGUGGAAUGCGAUUGAUUGCCGAACAAUAUAAUGUAUAUUUAUGUCACUGUAAGAGAUGGAAAGCGAAGAAAAAAAAACAAAAAAGCUAACACAAGCCAAAUAAUGCUUCUGUAGAUAUUCAUAGUUUGAUAAUUGCUGUUGAAAAUCUAUGAAGUUAAUGUUGUCUGUAACUGUGUGUAAAUCCAUUUAGUAAAGAAAACAUGGCUAGAAUGGGAUCUGGAUAAUUACACCUCAAGCUGUUGUUUGAAUUCCUCAGCCGUCACAGAAAUGUUUCUCUCAAAUAAGCUGAUCCCAACAAACUACAUCUAUUUCAUCUAAAUAAAACAUUGUUGUUUUACACAA